AUGGCCUCAUCUGUACCAGAGCUGCUUCUGGCCACUCUGAAUCAGCUGGCUGAUGAUGACUUGAAGAGAUUUAAAUGGUACCUGAAGCAACAUGAUGGCUUUAUAUCCCAGAUGGGCUUAUCUCCCAUUUCAAAGAGUCAGCUGGAGAAAGCUGACAGAGAGGACACAGUAGAUAAGAUGACGGAGACCUACAGUUAUGUGGACACACUGAAGAUCUCACUGGAGAUACUGAGGGGGAUUAACCAGAAUAAUCUUGCUCAGAAGUUAAAGUCUGACUACAAAAUAGGUCAGCAGUCUGGGACGGGUCCUGAUCAGCACAUGCACCAAGCCCCAGCAGUGGUAAAGACUGACUACGAGAAACAUGUAGAGAAACCUCCUAGCUCAACAACAGAUGGGUCUGCAUACCAUUGGAAACUCAAGUCUUACCUGAAAGAUACAUACACAAAUGUAUUUGAGGGGAUACCUGAAGCAGGAAAUUCAGUAGAUCUCAAUGAGAUCUACACAGAGCUCUACAUCACAGAGGGUGGAAGUGGAGAGGUCAUAACUGGACAUGAGGUGAGGCAUAUUGAGACAGCAUCCAGGAGACCAGCAAGAUCAGAGAUAUCAAUCAAAUGCAAUGACAUCUUUAAAACCUCAACUGGACGAGGAAAACAUAUCAGAACUGUGCUGACAAAGGGAGUCGCUGGCAUUGGAAAAACUGUAUCUGUGCAGAAGUUCAUUCUGGACUGGGCUAGAGGAAACGCAAACCAAGACAUUCAUUUCAUUUUUCCACUCCCUUUUCCAGAGCUGAAUUUGAUGAAAAAGGAAGAGCAUAGCUUUGUUGGCAUUGUAGAUCAUUUUUUUGUAGGCGUGAAAAAAUCAGGAAUUUUCAAGAACAACAAUUUCAAAUUUCUGUUUAUCUUUGAUGGUCUGGAUGAGUGCCGACUGCCCCUAGACUUUGAAAAUAACAAGAGUUGUCGUGAUGUGACAAAGUCAACCUCAGUGGACGUACUGCUGACAAACCUCAUCCACAGGAAGCUGCUUCCCUCUGCUCUCCUCUGGAUAACCUCCCGAUCUGCAGCAGCCAAUCAGAUCCCUCCUGAGUGUGUUGACCAGGUGACGGAGGUACGAGGGUUUAACGAUCCACAGAAGGAGGAGUACUUCAGGAAGAGAUUCAGUGAUGAUGAGGACAUGGCCUGCAAAAUAAUCACUCACAUAAAGACAUCAAGGAGCCUCCACAUCAUGUGCCACAUUCCAGUCUUCUGUUGGAUUUCUGCAACAGUCCUUGAAGACCUGUUGUCUGAAAAGAAGACAGGAGAGAUUCCCAAGAACCUGACUGAGAUGUACUCACAAUUCUUUGUAUUUCAGUCCAGACAGAAGAAUAGGAAGUAUCAUGGACAAGCGAAGACAGUGUCACACUGGAAUAAAGAGAUGAUCAUGAAAAUCUGUAAGCUGGCUUUUCAACAGCUUCAAAAUGGCAACCUGAUCUUCUACAAGUCAGACCUGAAAGAGUGUGGCAUUGAUGUCACUGAAGCCUCAGUGUACUCAGGAGUGUGCACACAGAUCUUUAGACAGGAGACUAGGAUUUCCAAGGAGAAGGUGUACUGCUUUGUGCAUGUCAGCAUACAGGAGUUUCUGGCUGCUGUAUAUGUCUUUCUCUCAUUCAACAACAGAAAUCGAAAUCUAUUAUCUAAGACACUGUCAACCCGAAGGCUUCUCACGCAGUUCAGGACAAAAUCGACAAUUGAAUUCCACAAGCAUGCAGUGGACAAGGCCUUACAGAGUAAGAAUGGACACCUGGACUUGUUCCUUCGUUUCCUUCUGGGUCUCUCACUGGAGUCCAAUCAGAUUCUCUUACGAGGCUUACUGAACAAGAGAACAAGAAGGUCAGAGGACAAUGAGGAAACAGUCAAGUACAUCAAGGAGAAGAUCAGGGAGAAUCCCUCUCCAGAGAGAUGCAUCAAUCUGUUCCACUGUCUGAAUGAACUGAAUGACCAUUCUCUAGUGGAGGAGAUCCAAAGCUUCCUGAGAUCAGGAAGUCUCUCAAAACCCAACCUGUCACCUGCACAGUGGUCAGCUCUGGUCUUUGUGUUGCUGACUUCAGAAAAGAAGCUGGAUGUGUUUGACCUGAAGAAAUACUCCAGAUCAGAGGAAGGUCUUCUGAGGCUGCUGCCAGUGGUCAAAGCCUCCAGAGCUGCUCUGCUUAAUGAGUGUAACCUCACUGUGAAAUGCUGUGAAGCCUUGGCCUCAGCUCUGUACACGACCUGUACAAAACACCUGAGAGAGUUGGAUCUGAGUAACAAUGACCUGCAGGAUUCAGGAGUGAAGCUGCUCUCUGCUGGACUGGAGAAUCCCCACUGUAAACUGGAGACUCUGAGGCUUCUUAGAUGCAACCUCACAGAGAAAAGUUGUGAAUUUCUGGCCUUAUAUCUCAACUCCUCAAACCUGAGAGAGCUGGACCUGAGUGACAACAACCUGAAGGAUUCAGGAGUGGAGCUGCUCUCUGCUAGACUGGGGAAUCCCCACUGUAAUCUGGAGACUCUGAGAGUUAGAGGAUGCAACCUCACAGAGAAAAGCUGUGAAUUUCUGGCCUUAUAUCUCAACUCCUCAAACCUGAGAGAGCUGGACCUGAGUGACAACAACCUGAAGGAUUCAGGAGUGGAGCUGCUCUCUGCUGGACUGGGGAAUCCCCACUGUAAUCUGAAGACACUGAGGCUGUCAAACUGUCUGCUCACAGAGGAAGUCUGUGCUUCUCUGGUCUCAGCUCUGGAGUCAAACCCCUCACACCUGAGAGAGCUGGACCUGAGUAACAAUGACCUGAAGGAUUCAGGAGACUGCUGUCAAGGUAACGAAACAAACAUCUAA